AUGAGUUCUGGAAGCGAAGCAAUGACCAAGCGCAAGUUGAUAGCAACAAUUGCCGAUGAAGAUACAGUAACUGGUUUGCUUCUCGCUGGUAUUGGUCAAGUAUCCAACGAACCAAGCAAAGAAACCAAUUUUCUUACAGUAAUCCCAGGAAAGACAUCAGUCGAAGACAUUGAUGAGGCUUUUGAUACUUUCACUAAGGAGCGUGAUGAUAUUGCGAUUUUAUUGAUCAAUCAGCAUUUGGCAGAUACGAUAAGAUACAAGGUUGAUGGGUAUACGAAUGCUUUUCCAGCAAUAUUGGAAAUACCAUCCAAAGACCAUCCUUAUGAUCCAGAAAAGGAUUCCAUAUUGAAGAGGGUUAGAAGAUUGUUUGGCGAAUAG